GCUCACAGAAUCAAACUUCAACUCCAUGUUCGUGACUAGGAUUCAGACCAGAGCUGUAUAGAUCCGGAGACAAGCAACCCCCCCCCCACACACCCCCAAAAAGUGGCUCUUUAGGGGGCCGAAAGCGGCGCCAUUCAGUGUCACACCUGCAGACUGCUCUGCUGCCUCACAGAUAUGCUGCACCGCUGGAGGUAGCACCGUGAGUCAUCCGUGCGCAGUGACAAAAGAAAGACAAAGCUCGCUUUAAAUGUCAGCAAAUCAAAGUCUCAUCAACACAAGCAAGGUCACCUUGUGUCGGAUCUAACGGAGAGCCGGGACUCGGGUCUAUUGUUUCUUCUUCGUCUUGUUUGAGUGGAAGAGCGCGGCAGGCUCUCGUCCAGGAUUCAGUUUAGUCACAAAAAAUUUUUCUUUUUCUUUUUUGUUUUUUGGACUGUACCUGUUCACCUGGACACACAUAGGCGCGCCCAGAGACAGCUUUGGGAGGGGAAUAAAGGAGAAAAAAAAAGUGACCAGGCUUUUUGAGGUGAGGACUUUGGCACAGGGUCUCGGGAGUGAUGGCGGCGUCUGCACCCUCCUCUUCUGGCGGCGAUCCGGAUCCCAACUCGACAAAUUUACGGCCACCGGGCUCAAGUUAUGAUGCUUGGUGUGGAGUUGCGCAUGGCUGUACUAGAAAAUUGGGGAUGAAAAUAUGUGGAUUCCUGCAGAAGAACAACAAUCUGGAGGAGAGGAGCAGGAUUGUGAGUUCCUUCAAGGAGCGCACAGCCAAGAACCUGCUGUCCUGCGAUAACAGCGGCGGAGAGGCGCGUUUCAGGCGAACAGAGUCCGACUUCUCCAAUCUGUACGCCAGAGAGCUGCUACCUGCCAAAAAUGGAGAGGAGCCAACCAUGCAGUUCUUGCUGGAGGUCGUGGAAAUCCUCACCAGCUACAUCCGGAAGACCUUUGACAGGUCUACCAAGGUCCUGGACUUCCACCAUCCCCACCAGCUGCUGGAGGGCAUCGAGGGCUUCAACCUGGAGCUCUCUGACCAGCCUGAGUCUCUGGAGCAGAUCCUAGUGGAUUGCAGAGACACGCUGAAAUAUGGAGUGAGAACAGGUCACCCCAGGUUCUUUAACCAGCUCUCCACCGGAUUAGACAUUGUGGGGUUGGCAGGAGAGUGGCUUACAUCUACAGCCAACACUAAUAUGUUCACCUACGAGAUCGCCCCCGUUUUUGUGCUAAUGGAGCAGCUGACUCUGAAAAAAAUGAGAGAGAUUGUUGGCUGGCCAGAUGGAGAGGGUGAUGGGAUAUUUUCUCCAGGUGGAGCAAUUUCCAACAUGUACAGUGUGAUGAUUGCCAGAUACAAGUUCUUCCCAGAAGUGAAGACCAAAGGCAUGGCAGCUGCACCCAGACUGGUCCUCUUCACCUCAGAGCAUAGCCACUACUCCAUCAAGAAAGCAAGCGCAGCUCUGGGCUUCGGAACAGAGAACCUGAUCCUUUUGAACACAGAUGAAAGAGGGAGAGUCAUUCCUGCUGACUUAGAAGCCAAAGUAAUAGAGGCCAAGCGAAAGGGGUAUGUUCCACUGUUUGUGACUGCCACCGCUGGUACCACCGUCUACGGAGCCUUUGAUCCCAUCAAUGAAAUUGCCGACAUCUGUGAAAAGUACAAUAUGUGGCUUCAUGUGGAUGGUGCGUGGGGAGGAGGUUUGCUGAUGUCCAGGAAACACAGACACAAGCUGAAUGGAGUGGAGAGGGCCAACUCAGUCACCUGGAACCCUCACAAGAUGAUGGGAGUGCCACUGCAGUGCUCUGCCAUUCUAGUCAGAGAGCGGGGACUGUUACAAGGCUGCAACUCUAUGUGUGCUGGAUACCUCUUCCAGCCAGACAAACAGUACGACGUUACAUACGACACCGGUGACAAAGCCAUCCAGUGUGGGCGGCAUGUCGAUAUCUUCAAGUUCUGGCUGAUGUGGAAGGCAAAGGGAACAGUAGGAUUUGAGCAGCAUAUUGAUAAGUGCCUGGAUCUGUCAGCCUACCUCUACAAUAAAAUCAAAAACAGAGAGGGAUUCAAGAUGGUGUUCAAAGGAGAGCCGCAGCACACUAAUGUCUGCUUCUGGUACAUUCCACCGAGCCUGCGCAGUUUACCUGAUGGUGAAGAGAGACGUCAGAGGUUGCACAAGGUGGCUCCGAAGAUCAAAGCAAUGAUGAUGGAGUCUGGCACUACGAUGGUGGGUUACCAGCCACAAGGAGAUAAGGUCAACUUCUUUCGCAUGGUCAUCUCCAACCCUGCCGCCACCAGGUCAGACAUCGAUUUCCUGGUCGAGGAGAUUGAGCGACUGGGGCAUGACUUGUAAGAGUCAUACCUGUAUUUUUUUUCUUAACAUUUUGUCUUUUCCAACUCUGGAGAGACUCAGGCUUGGCUUCGUAUCCCGUCUAUCUCCUCAAGACAUAUAGAGAUGUUGCUUAUGGGUCUUUUCUGCUAAUGCACAACAAAUAAUAACGCCAUGCCCUGUGUGUUUCUGUCUCUUGUCUUUUGCAACCGUGACAUAUACUUAACAUAUUUGCACAACAGGUUCUCUGAGUGAAAAGGUUUAAGCACAGUGGCAUUCUUGAUAAAAACAUACAUGAAGAGGAGAUGAAGCUGAGUUUAACAUGGGUUACUUUUUCAAUGAAAUAUGCAAUAGCAAGAAUGUCUGAACACUUGAUGAUUCUGUAUAUAGCUGCUAUGAAAAAUGAAAGACUGGUCAGGAUCUAAAAUUUAAAUAUUUUUUUCACAGAUGACAGUUCGGGGCGCUAUAUAGUAUAUAUGUACUAUAUGUGAUAAUUAUCAUUCGAUAAAAGGUAAAUAUUAAGACAGUUGCACCAUGACAUUUUAGCUAAUAUUUCCCUUUGAUAUACACAAGUGGGAAUAUAUAUAACACAGUCACUGUAACAGGUUCUGUACUUGGUUGCUGUGUUUUUAGAAAUUUUUGUGUAGAUUGUGUAAAGUACUGUUACAUUGCCUUUGUGCCAAAUGUGUCCUAGUUUUACAGUGAGAAAAUCCUAUAUGUAAAUCAACCAUAUGUUAUGUGGUAGCUACAUGACUUUAUUUAUAUUGAGAGAUUAUAAUUGUGAAUAGGUUGUCUGCUAUUUGUAACCUGCCUUCCUUCCUUUUUGGGAAACGCUGCUGUAUUAUAUCGCAAUGUUUUGAAUAACAGUCAUGUCUUUUAGUGUAUUUGUGAACCAAAGAAGAGUUAUGAAUAUGUACAUGUUCCUUGUUCUCCCUUACAGAGAGACUCAGAUGUUUAUAUAAGAGUACUUCAUUUAAUGCCUUUAACUUUAGUGCAAUCAGUGUUGUGUAACCGUGCAAUGUCAUUGUGAUUCACUGACUGGCAGUGUGGCCACUACUGCCGGUGCUUUGUUAAUGAUAAAAAAGCACAAUGCUAAACCUUGAUCGUGGGGCAGCUUUGAUUCGAGGGACACAUGAUUGUCUGUAUUAUAAUGUGUGGAGUGGAGUAAAAGUAUAAUAUGCAAACUUUUGUCUGUCUGAACGUCGUCGCCAUAGGAAUGUUUUUGUGUUGAGAAAUGGGGAUUGUUUAUCAUAGUAUGUUUUGCCUGAACAAUGAAGUGCACAGUGUUUGCUACUAUAACAAGCCUUAUUAAACAACUGUACACUCCCGAAUUAGAGGGACGCAAUGUCUCUUGUCAUAUUCAAUGUAAGUACUUUGGCAAAUCAUUUGCAAAGUAUUACUGGUGUAUCUACAAGGCUAAUAAAAACACAAGCUUUA